UCUGCAGCGCGCACCCCGCCUCGGCGUCGCCGGGAGCCGCACUGGGCAUGCUCGGCUCUUGCCGGCUCCGGCGCCCGUAGGUGGAAAGCUCCGACUCCCGGCGGCGGGGCUUGCAGCCCGCAUCCAGAAGCAGCGCGGGCGGAGGAGGUCGGUACGCGCUGGGUGCUGCAGACCUAUCCGGGUGGCCAUGGCGAGCGGCGCACGGCGACCACCGGGGUGGCGCAGCGGUGUCAGAUUCUUGAUCAAGUACUUACUCCAUGGAUCCAGGACAGGUUCGUCCCAUGGCCUGCUCUGAACAGUGUCCUGUCUAAGAGAAGAGUCCAUCAGCGAACCAUCUCUUGCCUUACAGAGCAAGCCAAGAAGAUGGAGCUACUGAAGAACCAUCCGACUGUGUGCUUACCACCUUCUGUGCCCUUUUUAAUCCUAGUCUCCACUCUAGCGACUGCUAAGAGGAUCACCAACAGCACUUUGAAUGGCACGGACGUGGUCUUGGGCUCUGUGCCUGUAAUCGUUGCCAAAACUGACCACAUCAUAGUCAAGGAGGGGAGCAGUGCCUUGAUUAACUGCAGUGUUCAUGGCGUCCCCGACCUAGGAUUUAAGUGGUAUAAUUCUGUUGGCAAGCUAUUGAGAGAAGGUGACGAUGACAAGGAGAGAGGAGGAGGCAAAAUACAUGGAAAUUACGAAGUAUAUUCUGUGCAGGGGAAAUGGCAAAUGCUGGAUGGCGGCCUGCUGAACAUCACCAAGGUGUCUUUCUCAGACAGAGGACGGUACACGUGUGUAGCGUCUAACAUCUACGGCACCGUCAACAACACGGUGACCCUGAGAGUCAUCUUUACCUCCGGAGACAUGGGCGUGUACUACAUGGUGGUGUGCCUCGUGGCCUUCACCAUCGUCAUGAUCCUCAACAUCACCCGCCUGUGUAUGAUGAGCAGUCACCUGAAGAAGACUGAGAAAGCCAUCAAUGAGUUCUUUAGGACAGAAGGCGCCGAGAAGCUGCAGAAGGCGUUUGAGAUUGCCAAGCGCAUCCCCAUUAUCACCUCAGCCAAAACUCUAGAGCUUGCCAAAGUGACCCAGUUCAAAACCAUGGAAUUUGCCCGGUACAUCGAAGAGCUUGCCAGAAGCGUGCCCUUGCCUCCCCUCAUCAUGAACUGCAGGACGAUCAUGGAGGAGAUCAUGGAAGUGGUCGGGCUAGAGGAGCAGGGGCAGAAUUUUGUGAGGCAUACCCCGGAAGGCCAGGAAGCCACAGACAGGGAUGAGGUAUACACAAUCCCCAACUCCCUGAAGCGAAGCGACUCCCCCACCGCCGACUCGGAUGCUUCGUCGCUGCCUGAACAGCCACCUCAGCAGAUUGCCAUCAAGGUUUCGGUUCACCCCCAGGCCAGAAAGGAUCAUGUGGAUGACCAGGAGGGUGGGCAGUUUGAGGUCAGAGAUGAAGAGGAGACGGAACCAUCUGAGGAACAUUCCCCAGAGACUGCGGAGCCAUCCACAGACAUAACGACCACGGAGCUGACGUCUGAAGAAGCAUCUCCUGUCGAGGCACCAGAGCGAGGACUGCCACCAGCACGCCUGGAAAUGCCAGAACCAGCAGUGACAUGUGACAAAAACACCUGCAUUGUUUAUGAAAGCCAUGUCUAAUCUUAACUCCGAAAAGCUAUGCAUAUCCAGAAAAUCAGGGGCUGCUCCUUGUAAUACAAAUGUAGUAUGCACUUGCCGCUAAGCCUUACCAGGAGACUCUCAUCCCUUAGGUUGGAGUGAUGCCCCGUGACAGGGAAGACACCUGCAUGGAGUUCAUGGGACUAGACUCACCCCAGUGGGAACAGACGUGAGAAGUGCUGGGGUCCAGAACUGAUCCGAGGGGGCAGAGGUUUGUCCUUGGGAUCUGAAUCGUAGAGGCCAUUCUCUGCCAAAUCCCUUAAUUAGGGAUUCCCUUUUGGCCAAGAGUACACCAUUGUAAGAUGUUCUGAGUUCAGGAGCCAUGUCCAAUGCAUACUGCAUUGCUUUUCUUUCGGUAAUUAUAAGUCUGCCACAGUAGCGAUUGCUCCUACAUGGGUUUGUUGCACUUUCUUCUCAGUUUGAAUUAUUUUCACGGUUCUUCUAUAAUGGAGUAGUUGUUAUUAUAUUAAUGUUAAUUGCUCUUUCUGCUGGAGACUUCUGUGUCACCUUUAUCCUUGUUUUUUUUUUUCUUAGUGUGUUUACCUCAGAGUCUUGGGUGUCAGUCACUGACAUGGCUGCCCUGUGUCAUUUGUAACGCCCCAAAGUAGUUACGCCCUACUCUUUCUCCUAAUUUCCUCUUUAAAAAAAAAAAAAAUACCUUCACACCUCUAUUCAUACUCAUUUUGUUUCCGAUGAAGCUGCUAUUCUGAAACUGAGAAAAACUUUGCCCCCCCAAGUAGCACUUUAACAGUCAAAUUUACCUGUCCAGUUCUGAGAGCAGCUUAGGUGAGCUCAGCUUGAGGUGAGGAGCAAGAUUGUAAAUGCUUAGAUAAACCCACAGCACUCCAGAGAAUGGCGUGUCAGAGAAUGGCUUACACGCAAGUGCCCUCAGAACAUCCCCAGAUGCUUGUCACCACCCCAGCCCCAUCAGAGGAAAUGGCCUUGGACGGGCCCCGUUCUUACCAGAAACGUCAGCAUUUUCAUUUGAUGGUGACCCCUCAAAGCUCACUUAGAAUUUUGUGGAAAGUCUUCAAACUGUCAUAACCCCUAAGUCAAUGGGAACCUAGAGAGGAAAGAAAAAAAAUCUUUAAAGCAGUUGUGGAAAAAAAAAAAAGCAAAAAAAAAUUUACUAUUGGGUUCUUUCUCUGAAUAUGAUGCCAUCUAAAAAGAACAGCAUUCUGAGUUCAUACCAGUUCACCCUCUCUUGCAGAGAGGGAAACCAAAGUCCAGAUUUGCUAAAAAGAAGGCAGGGUCUUCACCUGGAAGAUUUAUUGCUUGCUAAGGCAGAGGCAUUUGGCUGUAUCUCUCCUGUAGAUACAGCAUGUCUGCUACCCAGAAGGCCUUACAGGGCCGAUAGUGUGCAGCUCAGCUCAGCACUAGAUUUAGGGCAGCAUCUCCGUGAAGGGUACAACCAGGUCCCCUUUAGACUGCAUACUCAAUGUGUUGAUCAUUGAGAGGGAGCUUGCGAAAUUAAGAUAAUGACACACAGGAUUUUAUCCUGAAAUGAUUGAAUUCUUUGGCCACCAUGUAGUGCAUAAGGCAGCUUGAUAUCAGAGAACAAAGACAAUCCAGCCAAGCAUCCAACCCAAGCAAUCCAACCCAAGAAUUGGGUUAAUUCUUGACUGUGCCGAGCACUUCUGGACCUUGGUUGCCCUCUCUGCAAAAGAGGUGAACUGGUAUGAACUCAAAAGGCUGUUCUUUUUUUUGAUGGCAUUAUAUUCAGAGAAAGAACCCAAUAUUAAAACUUUUUUUUUCACAGUUAUUUUAAAGAUUUUUUUUCCUUUCCUCUCUGGGUUCCCGUGCCAUUUUAAUGCUGUUAGUUACUCAAACGAAAGGAACACGGCAUUUUCAACAAGUUCUCGAAAUUUUCCCCUCCAAAAAAUAGAUUUUGCGCCCCACUUCUACAGUUUAGAUUUAAUCUUGCUAAGAGCGAUGAGUGCUGUUGUUUUUAUUCUCAGACACAAACAGGGGAGACUGAAACCUUACAGACUGUAUCAGAGCCGAGACCAUCUCAAGUGUGAUGAGUGUCACAGGCUUGUGAUGUCAGAGGCUGCCUGGGUUAUCAGAGCAGCCCCAGAUGCUUGUCACUACCCCAGCCCCAUCAGAGGAAAUGGCCUUGGACAGCCCCAUUCUUACCAGGAACUUGUUCAUUUUCAUGUGAUUGUGAAUAGAAUAUGCAGAUGACGCCUCGAAGCUCAUUUAGAAUUUUGUGGAAAGUUUUCAAACUAUAAUAACCCCUAAGUCAAUGGGAACAGCUUGUGGGGUACAUACUUUUACAACGGGGGCAUCCGAGGGUAGCAGAGUUGGUGCUACAAGUGACCAUGACAGGACUGUGGACAGUUCAUGCGCAAAGCCUUUUGACAGCAUUUGGAGUUUGACAGGAUUUCCCUUUAAGAGGGAUUCCUUAUUGACUCCUAGUGAAAAGUCUUAAAGGUCACCUAAAGAAACCUGUAGCCUGCUCCCAUAAGGAGCCAGAGCUUCUUUGGAGGCUGUCUAGAUGGGGAUCUUAUACAGCCACAUUGAAGGAAAGUUUUAUCCCCAGCUCUUAUAAUAUACACAUUUCGUGAUUGUCAUGGAGACGCACAAAUGCCUAUUUUGGACAUAUGUACCCAGAGCAGCAGCAGGGACUGACUGGUAAAUGUCCUGUGAUGGUAUGUGAACUCUGUUCUACCCAGUUCUCAUUCCAUCCAAGCCCGCGUGCAGACUUCCCCAUGGAAAUUGGAAGCCAAGGUAUCCAUGCCAUGUAAAUACUGGUUAAGGACUAUAAACUUAAGUAGGCAGAUUUUUCUUUGGCAUAAGAGCUGAAAUAUAUGACCAAAGAAUAUUUCCAGAUUGAUUUUGAUUCUUUGGACUGAAGUGGGGUAGGGAGUAAGUGGAUGAUUUUGAAAUCUCCCUCUUUAAGGUAUCAAAUGUUCUCGGCAUAACAAUAUCCAACCAUAAAGGGAACUUGGCUUGAUAUGGAAUUUGUCCAUCCAGAAAUUUUAUGCUCUUGCUGCCCCUCCACAGAGCAGCCUCUUACUAGGAUAUGAAAUAUGGAAACCUCAUCUCAUAACACUUGGCUGAUAGUUUCCCAGAAAAAAAUGAACCAUUCAGGUUCCUAGAAUCAUUUGUGGAGUCCCGUUGGGCAAACAUGCACACACGCUUGUGCACAAUAGACUCAUUUGGGCAGCUUUAAAAGCUCAACACUCAGACCCAACCUAUGUAUGUCCUCUGGGUCUUCUAUAGUCAUUCUUUAAAAAAUAAAAAUCAAACCAUUUCUGGUUUCUGAGUCAUCCUGGUCAUACCUCUAGCAAUUUUUUUCUUGAAAUUCUGAAAAUGAUUCACGUACAUAUGCAUAUUUAAUUCUCUUAGAUGAUCUAUAAACUUGGAUGGUAUUUAUUCUAAAUGGGAAAAAAUACCCAAAAUUUUAUAUUGGAAAAAAAUCUAUGUAAUUUAUAAUGUUUUGUUUUAUAUAUUUAUAUUUUCAUAUCUUUAGGGCACAUCUGUUGUUCUCAUCUUUUUGUACAUCACAGUUGGCAAAAAGAAAUGCUAAUACUUGACUAAACUCUCUAGGAACCAAAUGUGAUCCAUGUGAUACAUAAUGUAUGUAACUUGCUCUAGAACUCUCUGAAUGUCCUCACCCAUGCCAAGCAUUGUUGUGUCAUGUCAUUACGGCCAGAAUGUCUGGGGUGCUCUUGAACAUUACUUUCUCACGAGGAAGAUGGAAAGGCCUGAUGUCCCACACAAUGGAUUUGGGGAUCUCUUUCCCUCCCUUAUCUUACUUGUUUUCUUCCUUAACUGGACACGUCCUGCUGAAGGGCAGGUGGGAGAUGAUGAGAAAGCACCAGGAAUGAAUCUCACGAUGGUUGGGUAAACCACGUUAACAGACUGAGGACAUGUGUUGAGUCCCAUGCCUGGGUUGUCAUUCACUGGUGAUGUAGCAUCUGCUUAGCUCUGUUGCACACACAGCGUAGGGCAUGAAGAAUGCUUGCAUGUUUGGGUAGGUACUGUGGAUCCUUAGUGCGGCCACUGUUAGUGACUGUGGGGACACCCAUUGGGCACUGGAAGAAAUGUCUUAGCAAAACAAGUCAGUUAUCUUUUCUUACAUGGUUUGAAGGAGGAGGCUUAUUCUGUGUUGGAACCUAUAAAUGGCAGUCCCAGUACUUAACUGGGGAUUUCCGUGUUUUCAUUUGGUAAGAAAUGGAGCAUUAAAGUCUAGUUCAAACGCUUUU